AUGAAUGAUGUUCGUGACAAAGUGUCUGCCGGCUCCUCGAAUUGGGAGGGUGGCGCUACCCAUAAUGAAUCUUCACUUGAACUGCAGUCAUCAUCUAGCGUUGGUGGAGAGGCCCCCCAGACACCGGGUGCGCCAGCGCCUUUAGCACCGCAUCUUGCAGCAGAGCUGCAUCCGGAUCUCUUGCAACAGGGUUGGCGCAAAUAUUGGUCUAAACGAGAGAAUAGACCGUACUUUUGGAAUAAAAUAUCGGGCGAAUCAAUGUGGGAACUACCAGCAGUAAAGAGAGAUUUUGAUCCUAUAACAGAUCCUUUAGGCAUUUGUCACACUGGCCCUCCUCCAGCAGGUAAUGUUACUCCGAGUGCGAGUAAACGACGCCCGUCUGAAGAUAAUGGUCCUCCACCAAAGAAAUUCGUUUUAGCUGGCCCUUGGGAUAUUGAAGUACCAACCAAUGUAGUUAUUUAUGAACGUCCACCAACUAUUUGUCCACAUCCCCAUCCUGAAAUUGAAGGAUUUAGGUUUACAUUAGCAAAUAAACUGAGACAGUGUUAUCAAGAGCUUUGUCAUACAAGGGAAAGCAUAGAUGCACCAAAGGAUUCAUUUAAUCGCUGGUUAAUGGAAAGGAAGGUCAAUGACCAAGGAGGUUCUGAUCCUCUGUUACCAAGUCAUUGCUUUCCUGAAAUAUCCAGGUCAAUGUACGAAGAAAUAAUGAAUGAUAUUCCUAUAAAGUUAACUCACCCUAAGUUUACUGGUGAUGCACGGAAGCAACUGUCUCGAUAUGCAGAAGCUGCGAAAAAAAUGAUUGAAUCAAGAAAUGCAUCACCGGAGAGUCGUAAGGUAGUGAAAUGGAAUGCAGAGGAUACAUUCCAGUGGCUUCGACGUACUGUUGGCGCUACAUAUGAUGAUUUUCAAGAUCGAUUGGCGCAUUUAAGGAGACAAUGUCAACCCCAUUUAGCUGAAACAGCAAAAGCGUCAGUAGAGGGUAUUUGCUUGAAAAUCUAUCAUCUAUCAGCAGAAUAUGCAAGAAAAAUUCGUGAAAAACAUAGCUUUCUAUUGAAAGAAAAUGGAAUUCAGGAGCUGGCGGCGCCGCUGCAGCAGGCGGCGCUGCGCAAGGUGUGGUGCUACCCGGUGCAGUUCGCGCUGCCCGCGCCGCGCCCGCCGCUCGUCGAGCACUUCCUCGACCGCGACCAGGCGCUGCUGCGGUACCUCGGCGAGACGCAGAUGAUCAAUGCCACAUAUCUCCAGAAACUUGAAUGCUUGUAUAGAUAUAGCUGCUUUGAUGACAAGAAAUUUGAGCAGUUCUUGUCUCGUGUAUGGUGUCUACUGCGGCGUUAUGCGGCCUGGGUGGGUGCCGGCUCUGAGGCGCAUCUCACACAGAUGUCGUUGCCUGUACCGGUGCUCGAAUGUUUGCACCGCUGCUUCGGAGUCACCUUCGAGUGCUUCGCCAGCCCUCUAGACUGUUACUUCAGGCAAUACUGCUCGGCGUUCGCUGAUACCGAUUCUUACUUCGGUUCGAGGGGGCCGUUCCUGGAGCUGCGGCCGGUGUCGGGGUCGCUGGUGGCGCACCCGCCGUAUUGUGAGGAGCUGCUGGAGGCGGCGCUGCGCCACAUGGAGCGCCUGCUGCAGGACUCGGCCGAGCCGCUCAGCUUCGUGGUGCUGCUGCCCGAGUGGCCCGACCGCCACACGCACGCGCUGCACAAGCUGCAGGCCAGCCACUUCAAGCGCAAGCAGGUUGUUAUACCCGCGUUUGAACAUGAAUACAGACAUGGUUUUCAACACAUUCUCCCCAAGAACGAAGUAUACUUCCGCUGGGGCGGCGGCACGGUGGUGGUGUGGCUGCAGAACGCUGCGGGGUUCGCGCGCUGGGGGCCCACCGAGGAACGCGUGGAGGCGCUGCUGGACGCCUGGCGCCCGCGCGCCAAGCUGCGCUCCCCGCCAACCGCGCCCGCCCCCGCUCCCACCCCCGCGCCCGACGCCGACACGCACAACAACCACACCGCGCCCGCCACACCCAACACCCCCAACACACCCAGCACACCCAGCGCCCCGAGUACACCCAGCACACCCAGCACACCUAACACACCCAACACACUCACCACACCUACCACGCCUACCACUCCCACCACGCCAACCACGCGCUAG